AUUCGUAAGCGCACGUGUAUCAUUCAACCCUCUUUAUCAGAGUAUUUAAAAUUCCUAUUUGUUAGCUUGGUAGGUGUACUGUAACAUUUUUAUAGGGAGAAAAAAAAAAAAAAAAAACAGAGCAAAAUGCGAAGUAGAAGCAGUCCAAACACUCCACAUUUAAAAUCUCCUUUUUCUCGGAAGAAAACAGAAUCUGUUUUCUACUCGAUUUCUUUCUUCUUUCUUCAUAUUUCUAUGUGUUGCAAAAGCAAUCUUGCUUGAAAUUAUAGGAUUUGGGAUUUACUAGAUUUUCUCUUUGAAUUUUAGUUGGGUUUUUUCCGAAUGCGAGUUGGGUUUUGGAAUUUGGAGAGUGAGAAAGAGAGGAGAUUUGGGCAUGGAUAUGGACAGUGGAGGAGCUGUGGCACUGUCGACGACUAGUUCGACAGGUAGUCGUAAGGUUGGGGAUAGAGGAGGAGUGUCUGAUCAGUUCCCGGCCGGGCUUCGGGUUCUAGUCGUCGAUGAUGAUCCUACAUGUCUCAUGAUCUUGGAGAAGAUGCUUCGGAACUGUCUUUAUGAAGUUACAACGUGUUCGAGGGCGGCAGCUGCGCUUUCGAUGCUUCGCAAGAGGAGAGAUGGAUUCGAUAUUGUUUUAAGCGAUGUCUACAUGCCAGACAUGGAUGGGUUUAAGCUCCUUGAGCACAUCGGUCUCGAGAUGGACCUGCCCGUUAUCAUGAUGUCUGCGGAUGAUGGGAAGGACGUUGUCAUGAAAGGUAUCACACACGGCGCGUGCGAUUACCUUAUAAAACCGGUGCGCAUUGAGGCGAUCAAGAACAUCUGGCAGCAUGUAGUUAGGAAGAGAAGGAAUGAGUUGAAGGAAAUCGAGCACUCGGGCAGUGUGGAAGACAGUGAUAGACAGAGGAGGAUAUCGGAUGAUGGUGAUUAUGCAUCCUCGGCGAUUGAAGGGAGCUGGAGGAAUCCAAAGAGGAGGAAGGAUGAGAAGGACGAGGAAGAUGAGAUUGAGGAUCGUGAGGAUUCUUCCACGAUGAAGAAACCGCGGGUGGUCUGGUCAGUCGAGCUCCAUCAGCAGUUCGUUACUGCUGUGAACCAACUAAGCCUUGAUAAGGCUGUUCCUAAGAAGAUUCUGGAGCUGAUGAGCGUUCCCGGUCUCACUAGAGAAAAUGUUGCUAGCCACCUGCAGAAAUAUCGCUUGUAUCUUAGAAGAUUGAGUGGUCCAUCGCAGCAUCAAGGCGGGCCGCCCAAUGCAUCUUUCAUGGGUACUGCAGAAGAGCCUUUUGGGUCGAUUGGAUCCUUUGAUGGGCUUGAUCUCCAAGCUCUUGCUGUCUCUGGUCAGCUUCCGCCACAUAAUCUCACGACGGUUCAGGCAGGCAUUGGAAGAACAGCCUCAAACACUGGCAUGGGCACGUCUCUUAGUCAUCAGAUUAACAUGUUCAAUUCCAAUGUGCAGAUUGCAAAUUCUUCAAAAAUAAGGUGUGAGCAAGAACUGAACAAUAAACCGAUGAACUUGCUUCAUGGGCUCCCAACAAGCAUUGAACCGAAGCAGCUAGCGCACUUCAACCGGCCUGUUCAUCCAUUUGGGAAUAUGGGUCGCCAAGUAGGAGAGGGGAACUUGGGUUUUCUAAACUCAUCAUCAUCGAUUCCGUUAGUAAGUACUGGUUCAUCGACUCAUGGAGACGUCAGGCAUUGCCCUAGGAGCAGUCCUCUUAUGAUGCAGAUGAGUCAGCAAAGAACACAACCCGCAAUCUCUCAGCCCCAAAUGCAGAUGCAACUAGAUGCGUCAAUGCAGCAGUUGAGGGGGCAGUUACUGAAUGAAAUGGUAGGUGGGCGGGUGUCUGGGCUUCCAUUGCCCAUUUCGCAGCAGAUGCUUUCGAAUGAGAUUGCAGGACAGGUUUUGGGAAGAAAUGGAGCUGUCAUGAAUGGUAGAGGCAUUGCGUCGUCUGGGGGAGCUUCUAUCAAUAGUCCUUCAUAUGUUGCAGUUUCCCAAGCUCCAUCUGUUGAUUUUCCUAUCAGAAAUGGUACAGAAUUGCUUGCAAGCGGUUUUUCUACAGCAGCCACUGCAGGGCUACCAAGUAUGGCAUUGACGGGGAUGUUUCAAGAAGCCACAACGGUGACAGGAAGCUUGGAAGGAUUAAACAAUCCUACCAUUGCAAAAGGAUCCAGUUAUCAUCUCUUUAAUGAACUCCGUUCGAGCAAAACCCAAGAUUGGGAGCUGCAGAAUAUCAGUCACGCUUACAAUUUGAAUCGACAUAUGAACUCUACACGGACCAAUACUGAUUUUGGUUCGUCAGUUUUGGGUCAUCAAGGUUUGGGCGGUAUUCAAAAGAAUGGGCAGAAUAGGUACGAAUGUGCUGGCGGCAAAGGAAUGGACGCACCAAGUGGUCAAGAUGAGAAUGGGAACCUGGAGAUGAUCAUGCGCGGUCAAAACAAUCUUGCGGUCGACAAUUCUUUCAGAGUGAAGGCUGAAUGCGGGCCCAAUAUGAGAUGCGAGAACAUGCUACUCACAGACCAGUUCAUUCAAGAUGAUCUCAUGAGCGUGCUUUUCAAACAGCAAGAAGGGGUCGGGCUGGUUGAAACGGAUUUUAACCUUGAUACGUAUCCCGUCGAUAACAUUCAGGUGUAGGACUUUCCGUGACUUCAUACAACUGAUCAAUAGGAGUGGCUCUCUUAGCAAGAGAUUCCGAGUCCACAUCUUCAACUGAAAAACAGAACAUAACCUGCAACAACUUGGAGCGGCAUAAUUCGUAGGUACGGAUCUGACACGCCAGUUGGUGAAGAUAAAAUCAUGUAAGAUAGCUGCACAGUGCAGAGGCACAACUGCGGAGUUUUGACUGCUUUCACCUCAUUCUAACAAGAAAGAUCUAGUCUUGGGGCACAUUUGGAUGCACAACUGAAUCGAAUUGUGAAAUGGCAAUGACAUAUCAUAGCCUCCAUUUGAUGUGAGGAAGUAGCACUCGGCAACUUCAAAGUAACGUAAUUUUGAUUUGUCAGUCUAAUCCCCACAAUGUGAAUGUUAAAGAGAUAAUUACAAUUGGGUUUGUUGCAAUUAUUACAAUUCGAUUUGUUAGUGCAACCAAAUGCGGUAUUAAGAAAAAUGGGUGGUGAAGAUUUGUGGGUGUGGUUGAUGGACGUAGUUUAGGGACAAGGAUAGGUUUUUGCCGAGACCUCUAUGGACAUUGGACUGAGGUCUUUCUAACUUUAAUAACGUAUUUUGAAUCUUGUACAGAUUUCAUUCGAUUGCUUGAAAAUGCAGGUUGCUGUUGGUC